CCCGCGCUGGCGGAGGCGUGGUCGGCGCGCAGGGGCCGCGGCUCGCGGGAAUGGGGGUCACGGUGGAGGUGCGCCAGGUGUACAAGUACCCCUUCGAGCAGGUGGUCGCCAGCUUCCUCCGGAAGUAUCCCAACCCCAUGGAUAAAAAUGUCAUCUCUGUAAAAAUAGUGGAGGAAAAAAGAGAUAUGUCAACUGGGAUCAUCUAUAGAAAGAGGAUUGCAAUCUGUCAGAAUGUGGUUCCAGAAAUUUUAAGGAAGCACUCUGGUGAUGGUUGGAAAAAGGUGAGCAUUUUAAAGGUGCCUAAUAUCCAGUUAGAAGAGGAGUCGUGGCUCAAUCCUCAGGAAAGAAGCAUGGCCAUACAGAGUCACUGUCUCACAUGGACUCAAUAUGCAUCCAUGAAGGAAGAGUCUGUCUUUCGGGAAAGUACAGAAAAUCCAAAUUGGACAGAGUUCAUUCAAAGAGGCAGGAUUUCAAUCACAGGGGCAGGCUUUUUCAACUACAUUUUGGAAACUUUUGCCAGCACAUUCUUAAGACAGGGAGCCCAGAAGGGAAUAAGAAUAAUGGAGACACUGCUAAAGGAACAGUGUGGUGCCCCGUAAUGGAAUAGAGUCAUCAGGGAACAGUGCUGUGUCUACAUUUGCUCAAGAAUCAUUUCCUCACCACAAGACAUUAUAGACACAGUUUUUGAAGUACAGGUUUAAGGAUGCAGUAUUGGUGGCAUAAAGAAAAGGAGACCUUCCUGCCAGAACUUGAACUGACACACUCCCUGGAGGGCCUGCCUCAAAUAGCAACAGUUGUGAAGAAGAGAUCUUCUAGCUGGAUUUUUAUGGCAUAGUCUUUUUAGGUUUUUACAAAUAAAGGAAAAAUCCCAUAGAUGCCUGCCCUUCUUGAGGAUGUCCUGCUGAUUGUCUGUUGAUAGUGUCUGGGAUCCAAGGACAGUCUGGUGACCAGAGAGCACUGCUUGUGUCCUAGUUGUGAGCAUCAUUGCUGUAGGAUUCAUGAGCAGAUUCUGUGACAAAUGCAGGCAUAGAACCUGAUUCCUGAUUCAUAGGUGACUUGUAACAGGCAGAAAUGUACCAGAUGUAUGUUGUAGUGAAGCCAUAUUUAUAAUAAUGUUUAAGAUUGUCAGAAAGCCGGAACAUUUGAUUUCAAUCCGUAAAUACUCACUGCCAUCAGUGUAGCUUAUAUAAGGAAAUGUGUGAACUGUUAUGGGGACCUCGGCGAGAACACGGAGUGGAGAAUGCGGUGGAGUUAUAAUCUUGGCUCCUGCUAAUGUGUUCUGUUUGUCACAGGGAAAGUGGGCAUAAUGAGGCAGAGAUCUUUCUCUCUCUCUGGGUCAUGGUGAUUAGACACUUUUAGUGUGAAAAGCACAGGCUUGGGAGUGAGACAGACAGACAUGGCUUUGCAUCCACACCGACACAAAUUAGCUCAAUGAUUAUGUCCAUACUUGUACAUCUUUCUGAAGUCCGUUUUUUAAUGUUGCAAAAUGGGGUGAUAGAAUUAAUUUUGUGACAUUGUACUGAUUGGAGAUUAUGCAAAAUGCCUAAUAAGCCAUCUAGUGCAUAGAGGUCCACUAAAUGGGAGCCAUUAUUAUUAUGUGAAAUCAUUUGGCAAGUGUACUUUUCAAAUGUAAUGUAAGCUGUAUUCCUAUUUGAAAAUUUGAUGACAGUAGUUUGCAUUGCUCAUGAUUAGAAGCCAAAAUACAAAUGCAUACUAUCUAAUGGUGCUUUAAAUAUAAUUUGAGCCAUUUCUGGAAAUUCUUGGGGAAAUAGUUCUUUUUUUCAGCAUUUUAAAAUUUUCCUCUUCAUUGAUGAAUUUCUGAGCAAUUAUACUUUUUUUUUUUUAAUAUACAAGCCUAUCAUUGUG